AUGGCUAAACAGGGCAAGAAUGGCAUGGAAAUUCGUGUACAGAAUGGUUCGACAUAUGAACGUCGAGCUUGGACACGUAAAGAAGACGAAGCGAUUAUUCGAUUGGUACAAGAGUAUGGUACCAAACGCUGGAGUGUUAUAUCGGACCAUCUUAAUAGUGAAAAUCACGGUACGGAACGUACGGGUAAACAAUGUCGUACGCGAUGGCUUAAUCACUUGGAUCCGACUAUUAAGAAAGAUCCAUGGACGGCAGAAGAGGAGCAGAUUAUUGAGGAUGCACAGACACGACUUGGUAACAAAUGGGCUGAAAUCUCAAAGCUAUUGCCUGGAAGAACGGAUAAUGCUAUUAAAAAUCACUGGUACUCGUCAAUGAGACGAACAAUGCGUCGCAUGGCGAAACAACAGAACAAAACUUUGAAUCAAAGUGUACGAGGUGGUGGAGGAAGCAACAAGGUGACAAAAUAUAAUAUUAACUCAACAUUAGGCAAUAGCGGGCCAAUGAUGGAGUUGACACGAGAUGCGAUGAAUGCUGGAAAUGAAUUUCGUCAACAGACUCAAGGAAUGACAUUGACACAGGCGUCCUUGUACAAGGACUGUUACAAUGGUAUGAUUAAACAAGCAGAAAAUGGGGAAGAUGGUUCACCAAAAAGUGCGAACAAGAAACUCAAUUCGAAGCGGAAACGCAAAGAUUUACGUAUCUGUACGAGCAAUGUCUCUGUUGUUGAAAGCAAUGAUAUGUUUUUACCAGACACACCUCGUCGUGUAUUGCACACGCAGCUACUGUUGAAGCUGUUGAACACGGGAGAUGAGGAUUUUGGAGGUGCCGUCAUCACUGUUGCAAGUGCGACAAAUAAGAACAAGAAACGUCAUGUGCAGGGAAAGAUGACUAGUGUGCCUAGUGCUGGUUCUGGUGAUUCUAGAGACGAGCAUGCAUUUACUGAAAUGGAUGGCUCCUUUCACACAUUUGAGCACCCUGACAUUGACUUUAAUGAGCAAGUGGCCGAGCUCUUCAACAUGCCGACACCUCAAGGGCUACAGCCACCACAUAGUUUGCGUCGCUCUCCGCGCUUUGCAUCACCGUGUUUCAUGAAGACAGACGGCACGAAGUUCUCGUUCGACGACCUGGACUUUCCGCCUGAGCUGGACUCGAAUACGCUUGAAUUUGAAAUUUUGAAUGAAAACAUUGGAGUCCUUCGUCGUUCUCCUCGACUGCGUACAGACGUGUCUGUAGCAUUCCCUCACGCAAACACGUCGACCUUUGGUUUUGGUCGACAGCCAUCUCCACACAAGCGUUUAGCACCACCAACAAUUGAUGUUUCGUUGCCGCAGGAAAUGUUUGACUUUGAUCACUCGAUUACGCCUACACUCAAGAGUCCUCAGCUACGACAAUGGCUCGACGGUUCGCCGAAGAAUUUCAUUGCAUCCGUCUAG